UAUAAGAAUAACAACAAAUGACUAACGGCCCGACCGCCUUCAUUUAACUACCAAACCAAAGUGCAUGAAUGAACCCUUUCUCUCUCCUCUUAUAUAUAUAUAUAACCCCCUCGCCCCUCCAAUUCCUACAAACACACCAAAUAUAUUCCAAUCACUUCCCAUAUACAAACUUAAACCAUGCCUACUUCUUCAGUAGUGGUAGUUUCAAAAUGCAGCGUAUACCCCGACCUCAAAUCCACCGUCAAAUCCCUCAAACUCUCCGUUUCCGACCUCCCAAUGCUCUCAUGCCAAUACAUCCAAAAGGGGGUCCUCCUCCCUCACCCGCCUCUCUCCUCCGCCGACCUCCUCUCCCUCCUCAAGCUCUCCCUAUCCAAAACGCUCUCCCACUUCCCCGCCCUCGCCGGCCGCCUCCACACCGACUCCGCCGGCCACGUCCACAUCCUCUGCAACGACGCCGGCGUCGACUUCUUCCACGCCAAGGCGCCGCACCUCUCCACGGAAGCGCUGCUCCCGCCGCCCGAUCGCGACAUCCCUCCGCCCUUCCGCCGCUUCUUCCAAUUCGACAACACCCUCAGCUUCGCCGGCCAUGUCAAGCCCUUGAUGGCCGUGCAGGUCACCGAGCUUGGCGACGGCGUUUUCGUCGGCUGCACCGUCAAUCACGCCGUCGUCGACGGCACCUCGUUUUGGAAUUUCUUCAACACCUACGCUGAGGUGGCCAAGGGCGUCAAGAAGAUUUCUAGGUCGCCGAAUUUCUGCCGCGACACCGUCUUCAACUCGCCGGCGGUGCUUGUUUUGCCGGAGGGUGGGCCGUCGGCGACCUUCUCCGGCGAUGAGCCGUUGCGCGAGAGGAUCCUUCAUUUCAGCAGAGAGGCGAUUAUGAAAUUGAAAGCCCGGGCCAAUAACCCGACCCGAAACCCGGAUUUUUGCGCGCCCGAGAUCUUGGGGAAACAGAGCAACGACAGUUGGGGUCUCAACUGUAAAAUUAACGGAAAGAUAACGGAGGAAAACGGAUUGAGAAAAGAUCCGACGGCUGUGAUCUCAUCAUUCCAAUCACUGAGCGCUCAGCUGUGGCGAUCCGUGACACGUGCGAGGAACUUAAACGCGGGCAAGACAACGACGUUCCGAAUGGCCGUGAACUGCCGGCACCGCCUCGACCCGCGGCUGGAGCCUCUCUACUUCGGGAACGCAAUCCAGAGCAUUCCGACCAUCGCCACCGCCGGCGAUCUGCUGUCGAAGGAUCUGAGCUGGAGCGCGGAUCUGCUGCACCGGAAUGUGGUCGCGCACGACGACGCUACGGUGCGGCGCGGGGUGAAGGAUUGGGAGAGCAACCCUAGGCUUUUCCCGCUGGGGAAUUUCGACGGUGCGAUGAUCACCAUGGGAAGCUCCCCUAGGUUUCCGAUGUACGACAAUGAUUUCGGGUGGGGGCGCCCCCUGGCGGUGAGGAGUGGCAGGGCAAACAAAUUCGACGGCAAGAUCUCAGCCUUCCCGGGGCCGGAAGGGAACGGGAGCGUUGAUCUCGAGGUGGUGCUCGCGCCGGAGACGAUGGCGGAACUAGAGAAUGAUUUGGAGAUUAUGCAGUAUGUGUCUUGAGUUAAGAUGGACGGUGUGUGAUUGCACCCAUAAAGGUAUAUGGUGGAUCGCGCGAGGUGCAGAGUAGGAACCUUCAUUUUGUGGUCAAAAUGGAGCACUCACUAAUCACUAUAAUGCAUGUGUUGAAUCUCUGUUCCUUGUACAAAUUAAUAUCAUGUGGAUUUGAUUUGGUAUUGAUCGGUAAUUAUGUUAGUUUUGAUCUUUUAUCUUGAA